UGCGCGCCGCAGGUACUCUCCUCUCACCCCAACGGCCGUCGCCGCCACAGCGGUGCUGUCACCCGCGCCGCCGCCGCCGCUAGACGUUCGCCUCUGUCCCUCGCCGUCCCUCGCCGUCCUCCGCUAGGCCGCUUUGCUCCAGCCGUGCAAGUUGAGGGUGGAGAGCAUCCGGAGCGGCCGUUCGCCCGCGCCGCGUCGGCCUCAGUAGAGCCCGUCCCUUCGUCGCCUCUAUCUCUCGCAGGCAGCGGCGAGCGGGGAGCAGGAGCCCGGGGGCUGCACCGGAGCGCCGGAGCAGGCCGCGGGGCGCGAGGCGGCUGUACGGAUACCACUAGGGCCACAACCACCACCUCGUUUCGUGGCGUCGUGCCAAUCCGUGACGCCGUCGAGUCCUUCGCCUCCUGCCUCUCUGACCUCUUCAUCGAGUUUGUGGGGGCUUUGCUCAACAGGAGAGUUUGAUGUAAUCUGGAAGGUGUGACCCAUUAUCUCUCAGGUGGUCCUUUCCAUCAACUUGUCAAAUAAUAUUUCCCCAUGAAGUGUAGUCUAUGCACAGAUCAUUCCUGCUUCUGCUGGUACUGUCAAUGUAAGGAGGGGAUCGGCUUCCCUCGUCUAUGCACCGGGCAGUCCCAGGGUUCCUGCGGCGAGCCCAUGCAAUCAGGAGCUACCCCCCAGUGCUGCGUCUUUCCUCUCAGGCUUGUUGCUUGAAUAGCUCGGAUAAUGAGGAGCCCGGACGGAAUUCUGCUUACAUUGACUAUAGAAGCCAGUGUCUCCUUCCCUCCAUCACGCUAGCAGUGCGGACUGCGAACUGGGAUGCUGCCAGAAAUAUAAGCUUCAGGGAGUGUGUGAGGUUAUACGGGCUAUCUCAAUCAAUUGGUUUGUUUGCAUUGCUUGUGCAGCUAUUCUUACCGCGGAGAAUCAGAGAGAUCCAGUGCUUGAUUCAGAGCAUUGUUGAUUACUGUGAAAAUGCUGGCCAGGAGUUGUUUGAGUUGGCUCCUAUUUUGGUCAGCAGAUUGGGUGGGUCAAUGACGUUGUUGCAAGUUUAUGCUGCAGUCAUCCGGAUUUUUGUAGAGUUGUCAAUGUUUGAGGACGCUCUUCUCACUUACAUUGAGGCCAAGAAGGUUGGUGCUGAGCUGCGUUUGUGCAACUUCUUGCUGAAGUGUUUAGUCAAGGGGAAUCAGAUUGUGUAUGCAAGGAGUUUAUUUGAUGACAUGAAGAGCUCUGGUCCUUCACCAAAUGUCUACUCUUAUUCAGUUUUGAUGAGUAUGUAUACACAUGGAGAGAGGUUGUGCUUAGAGGAAGCUUUUGAGCUUCUUCGUGAAAUGGAAAUGAAUGGUGUGAGACCGAAUGCUGCAACCUAUGGAACUUACCUCUAUGGGCUUUGCCGUUCCAGACAGGUAACGUCUGCAUGGGACUUUCUUCAAAAUCUUUGUCAGAGAGGGUGCCCUUGCAACACUUAUUGUUUUAAUGCAGUGAUUCAUGGUUUCUGUAGUGAGGGUCAGGUCCACAAAGCCAUAGAAGUGUUUAAUGGGAUGAAGAAAUGUGGGUUUCUCCCAGAUGUCCACAGCUAUAGCAUAUUAGUUGAUGGGUUAUGCAAACAAGGGGAACUAUUGAAAGGUUAUGACAUGCUUGAUGAAAUGGCAAGAAAUGGAAUCAGUCCUAACCAUGUAAGUUAUAGUUCACUUUUGCAUGGUCUUUGCAAGACUGGAAAUGUUGAAUUUGCGUUUGAGAUUUUCAAGAGGCUUAAAGACCAAGGUUUCAAGCAUGACCAGAUAAUGUACAGCAUCCUUUUCCAUGGCUGCUGCCAACAUUUACAUCUAGAUAUUGUCAAUGGCCUUUGGGAUGACAUGAUUCAUCAUGAUUUUGUUCUAGAUGUUUAUGAUUAUACCAAUCGGAUCUAUGCAUUAUGUAGACAUCGAUGCCUUAUAGAAGCAUUGGAAGUAUUUGAAUUCAUGCUUGAGAAUGGGAUAACUCCCAACAUUGUGACAUGCACCAUCCUUGUUGACGGCUUUAGCAAAGAAGGGCUGAUUGGUGAGGCCUUCCUAUUCCUGGAUAAAGUACAUCAGUCAUUGGCAAUUGCCCCCAAUCUUUACACAUACAAAGCUAUUAUCAACGGCCUUUGUAAGAUCAACAAAUCGAAUGACGUGUGGGAACUUUUUGCAGACAUGAUAAAAAGGGGAUACGUUCCUGAUGCUAUCCUCUACAGUAUUAUUAUUGAUGGUUUUGUGAAAGCUUUGGAGUUGCAGGAGGCUUUCAGACUGUAUCAUAAAAUGUUGGAUGAAGGGAUAAAACCUACUAUUUUUACAUGUACUAGUCUCCUAAAUGGGCUGUGCCAUGAUGAUGGACUUCCUAGAUUUAGGAAAUUGAUGAGGGAUAUGAUUGGGGAGGACCUGGUACUUGACAAGAUUUUGUGCACAUCUAUUAUUGCGCACUAUUGUAGACGUUCAAAUAUGAAGGCCGCCAUGGAAAUGUACAAAAAAAUGGAAAGCUCCGGUUUAUCACCAGAUGCUUUUGUAUAUACUUGCCUAAUUAGUGGCUUCAGUAAAGUUCGUGCAAUGGAUGGUGCACUUUUGAUGAUGGAAGAAAUGGAAAAAAGGAAUAUUAAGCCUACUGUAGUAACCUAUACAGCUCUCAUCGUUGGAUACCUUAAAACAGGGGAUGAGAAACAAGCUAAUAAGAUGUACAGAAGUAUGUGUGAGGCAAGCAUUGAUCCGGAUGACAAGCUGAGUUGUAUAUUGGGCGUUGGCAAUGACGGGGGUGACUGAUUUUUAUUCUCGGAAACAUCAAGCAAAUUCAAGCAAAUUCAUUUUGAAGAGCAAAAUUCAGAUUGCAGAUUAGGAAUACAAGUAUCAAGGAUUACAGGUAUCUUCAAGCAAAACCAAAAGUUCAAAUUGAGCAAAGGAUAUGUUGAUAAAAAAAAUGGUGAUGAAUCAACCGUUGUAAGAAGUGGUUGGGAUCCAUAUUGGCUAGCCAUCUGCCCAUCAUGGGCGUUACUCUUCAGAUUGUUUCCAGAUGCAGUCAUGCAGUGCAGGAAUCUCUAUCCUGGAAGAUUAUCAUCCAUAGCCCUGCUAAUUGGAUUGGUGUUAAUGGUCCUAGUGGAUUGGUUUAAGAAUGGAGCUGCGUCAAUUUGGAUCCAAACCAGGGGUUGCAGGCCAAUUAGGCACUCGGGCUGUCGGGCAGGUCCACACGCCACUGCACCAGGCUGCAAGCGAAGGAGCAGAGACUCACGCCUCCCCUCCCGCGGUCCCGCCAUCGCCGCCAGGACUCCCUCACGCCUCCACCUCCGCCUCGCUUGCGCCGCUGCAUCAGGGAAGCCGGCAGAUUCUUCAGGCAGAGGAAGCCGGCAGAUUCUUCGGGCAGAGGAAACCAGCGGACAAGCUCUCCAAGAAGCUGGCGGUCGAGUUCUCCAAGAAGCCAGCGGCGAUACGAGCUCUCCACGGCUGCCGGCGGUCCAGGUUGAAGGGAAGAAGUUCCGGAUGCUGUCUAACUGGCAACGGGAGUACACGAUGGAGCACACCCUGACGCAGCUGAAGGAGAUGGCUUUUCCGAUAGCUUCAGCAAUUCAGCAAUUUGACCUCUUCUGUAUAACAUGGUGUAAUUUGUAAUAAUUUGUAUCACCUAGAGUUCAAGAUUUAUAACUUGGUCUAUAUUUGUAGCUAAAUAUGUUGCAAUUUUCUUCUUUAUUUUAUUUUACAUAUUCUGAUUUUUUA